ACAAGACGUAAAUUGAUUAACCGCCAAGAUGUCGUCUGAGCGGGAUGAACUUGCGUACGAUUUUAUUCGUCUCACGACCAAGCCGUCUGCCCAGCUCUCCUACAGCUUCACCGCAUCCACUGCCUCGGAGACAGCCAGUCCGUCGCUCAUUGUGUUUGUCAACGGCCUUGGACUGCCACAGCUAGCAUGGGCACCAACUAUUGCCACGCUACAAGCCAUCUCGCCCGAUGGACUACCCGCGAUUCUCACCUACGAUCGCUUCGGACAGGGCCAGACUGUUGACCGCGACCCAGACGAUAAAGGCGCCGUUGACCCCAGUCAUGCGCAUGACUGCAUGAGUGCCGUCGGUGAUUUACACCAACUGAUCACCCAAAUCGCAACGGAGAAACUGGGCAUGGAUGGCUCCGAUAAGAUGAAGCUGAUUCUGGUCGGCAACUCCAUUGGUUGCGCACUCAUCCGCUUGUUCGCACAAGAGCACCCGAAUACCGUCGCUGGUGUGCUGUUCCUCGACAGCACGCUCACCGAUUCCGACUUCGUCUCGCUCUUCCCAGACCCAGAUGAACCAGAUUUCGACAAGACCGCGCUGCCGCCUGGGACUACUCCAGAACAUCUUCGGAUCGCCCGGGAACAAAUUGGAAAACUUUUCCACCCAAACGUGGGAAACAAGGAGGGCCUCAGCCGCAGGAAUCUGACUCAGCUUCUUCCUCGUGCUGACGCGCCAAGUCUUCGGGGACCAGACGGCAGCGGACCUUUCGUGACCGUCUUGGGCCACGAUUUUGUCACUUUUGCCGAAAAUAACGAACGGUCGCUUGGAAUUCCUGUUGCGGUGAUCCAGGCCUACGUUAACCCGUAUUGGCAUCACUACAACGAGGGCUUGGCUCAACUCACCCAGUCAGAUAGGAGCCAAGGACCAUUUCAAGUCCCUGGUGCGGGACAUUUCAUCCAGGCUGAUAACCCUGAGUAUGUGGCCGAGAAACUCCACGGACUACUUCGUAUGGUUUAAUCUAGGCCCUUGGAACAGCGGGCGAAUACAAGCGGUUCUGCGCCACGUGGUGGAUUGAAUUAUGUCCGGUGAUGGAAAUGGAACCACUGAAUCCUCCUCAUCCAGUAAUGACAUUCGCCCAACCUCACACGUCAGCAGUGUUGAGAUCAUCGAUAUUGGGAGCUUGCCGGUA